AACAUAAUAACAGUGAUUUUGACAAUUGGCAGACAACUCACAACAGCUGUUUUUUAUUUUUCAGUCUGCGCAUCUGUUUUGUUUUGUAAAUACUGAUUUUAGAUUUCAAACGUAAUAACGAACAAAGUAAUAAAUAACGUGCGAAUACUUUUACAAAACAUAGAAUUGUGCUUGUAUGUUAUAACUUACCAAAAUGUCCUUGCCUAUUGAAACGACAUCGACAACUUGUUUGUCGACAAAAAAUAACUUUGAUUUAAGAUGGAUUGAGCAAAUUAUACUGGAAUUAGCCGACGCAUUUGACAUACAAGUGGUAUGGGACAGGGAGACAACUAUAUUGACAGGCACUCUUGCCCUCGUGGGAGUUGCAGUGGGUGGAUAUGCUGGAGGGCGUAUGGGUGCUGCAUUGGGAGCCGGCAUUGGCGGAGCGGCUGGGUUCGGUGUAUCAACGAUGGUGUCUCUUAGUAAAAUCUGGGAGACUGUGAAAGAGAAACUGGCGGAGCUUUCAUACAUUGUGCUCAACUACCUGAGGAGACUGGACCCCGUGGACUACGUGCGUGCAGCCAGCAUCCUCAUGGCAUGCAUGAACAGCAAGCGUGAGCUCGUCAUGACGAUAUUAGACUUCGUAGCUCAUAAACUGGGGCGGGAAGUUGUGUCGAGUAUUACCGCGGCGUAGUUAACAGUUACCGAUUAAAGUAUUCAAACGUUUGGUGCUUAGAUACAUUUUAGGUUGUUUUAAAUCAUAACACAUAUCUUUGAGUUAUUCACAUUACACGGUGACAAAUUCUAUGUUAUUUCACCUCCUCUCAUUCGGGCUAGCAUGCCAACCAACGAGAAAAUUAUGUCUACCCUAUUUAUCGCUAUAAAAAAAAAUACGAGGUAGAGAUAAAUAAUAAAAUAUGGUAAUGUUACUUUUUCUUGGUUGUAGAUUAAUCGUUUUGAUUGAAAAAAAGAAAAAUUAAAAAAAAUACAUGUAAAUUCUGUUGUACAUUAAUCUUUUAACAAAACUAAAUUGAUAGCUCUUAUAUAGUAGUAGUAGUAGAGCCCGACCCAUUACAUGUAAAAGUGAGUUAGAUUUGGCAAUUUAGAGUCUAGAGAUUUUUGUACAGCAAAAUUGGCCCCAUAGUAACAUUUUAAAUGUCGAUGGUUGUGAAAAUUUCUAAUCGUGUAGUCAAGUAACUAUUUAACAGAUUUAUGAAAAUCAUGGCGCCAAAUCUUUAAACUAAAAUGAUAAAUCUAUAAAAGUACUAUCCUUUUCAAUUAAGAACACAAGAAAGGAAUGAUUUUAGAAAAAAAAAAUACGUUGUGGCAUAAGUGAUUACACAGAACUAAACACUCUAAGUUCUAAACAUAAAAAAACUCUCAUCUGUGAUUUGUGUGAGGGUGUUUUUAGCUCCGCGCUGGGCAUCUAGUUGGGUAGGUAAACAUGAGCGCACGAGAUAAUUUGGUCCUAUUUUCUCGUCUUAUCUCAUAAAAAGAGGACGAUAUAUUGGUCGACAUAGAUAUUUCGUGGGGCGCAUGUUAGCCCUGCAGGGAUGUUUUCGAGCUGUCAAUUUCGUUUAGAGAAUUAUUUACAACAGAAUUGGCACCAUUGACUAACAAAGUUAAGGGUUUUGCUACUAACAUACACAACUACCAAAGAGUAUUUGGCCUUUGCACUUUGUGCGCUAUUAAAAAAGUAUUUUUCUAUGUGUUGUAUUUGCACUUUAAAAUGAGAUUACUUAGUCAUUAAAAUGUAUUUUUAUAAUAGUUUUUAUUUUUUAAUUUUUUUAUUGCUCAAUUAGUGUAGGGCCAGCGCACACUAAGCUUGCGGAUUUAUUUCACGCUUUCUUUACCACUUUCCCCAUAGGCAUUGAUGGGAGGAAAGAAAGAUUGCUAAAGUCACAUUUAAUUUUAAUUUGCUUAAUGUAUUUUUGUAUUCGCGUGUAAAACUUUUUAUCGCCGCUAACUAGUCGUUUGAUUUUUGACGUUGGAUGGCUUUGAUGCUUUGACCGCGAAUGAAAUGUUGUCCAUUCACUAUAACUUGUCCCCUUUGUAAUAUAGGGGACUAGUAAUCUGGGAUUGGAUAAUUGGUGGGACCUUGUUGGAAUACGAAAAUAUAUACUGAAUAUCGCUUGUUAAAUUCAGUUAAAUUAUACCGUCUAUAAAACCAUGCGUCCGUCUGGUGCUCUUUUUAUGUUUUAGCACCUAAAACAACUCAUAGUUGGUGCCACUUUUUGUUAUAAAUGACCCUGUCCAUACACAAUGUAAUACAAAAAUAUUUCGUCCAAAUAAAAUUAAGAUAGAGCAAUAAGGUUUUUUUACUAUGAUACGCUGGCCCUUAGUUUAUAAGGUGCUGACAUAUCACAGAUCUGUUUGAAAUAAAAGUAU